AUGAUCAACAAAAUUAUGAUUGAAAUAUCAGAACCAGACACAAUAGUUUCAACUCUUAAGAUCGGUGAGUUUUUAUUCAAGGGAAUGUACUCCACAUUAAACGACAAAGCUAUUGGAGCAAUCAUGCUGUUUAUCUCCCUUACCAUUCUCUGCCUGUGUCUGGUCGCCAUUGUCAAACUGCUGCACUCCCUUCUCCAAGGCCCCAUCGCUCUCAUCAUCAAAAAAUUCAUCAACGCAGACUUUCCCGGACCGCUGGGCUACCUCACCGGAUACCUCGCCAUCAUCAUCGGCGCCGGGUUGACCAUCAUCGUCCAGAGCUCCUCCAUCUUCACCUCCACCCUCACCCCGCUCGUCGGCAACGGGGUCAUCGAACUCGACCGGAUGUACCCUUUGACCCUGGGGUCAAACAUCGGCACCACGACCACGGCGAUUCUCUCAGCCUCAGAAACGCGCAACUGCACGGCCGAGUACCGCUGGUUCGCCAUCGUCUACAUCCUCCUCAUGUUCUUCCUCUUCCCCGCCCUAGUCUUCGCUCUCUCCAUCCCGGGCUGGUACGUCCUCCUCGGCGUCCUCGGGCCCGUCUGCCUUCUCUUCAUCAUCAUCGGCGUCAUCAAAUGCCUGCAGGCUAAACGCCCCCAGAGCCUGCCCAGAAAGCUCCAAGAUUGGAUGUUCCUACCCCAGCCGCUACGGUCUUUAGAACCCUAUGAUCGCGCCAUGCAGAAAGUCUUCUUCUGCAAGCGGUUCCAGACAGACACUACCGAGAAGACAGACACUGGUGCCACGUCAGACAGACAACCUAACGGAGAGUCCAGCACGCGACUUUAG